GAGAUCUGAAGUACUGUUAUCCUAUCCCAACAAAUGUCAUGGUUUUGUGUGUGUGUAGACAUUCAUCUUAUUCCAAAACAAGAUGAUUGAAUAGUGUCUAAUACAAAUAAUAAGCAGAAUGUCAGGGUUGGGCCGGAACCGGGCCGGAACAGAAACCAGCAGCUAGAUCUCUGGGAGCAAGUUUGGCCAUGCAUUUUCCACGUCUACGCAUUGAUACUUUUAACAGUGUUUUUGUAGUCCUACAACCAACUGUAACAGUAAACCAAUAGCACAUAUAACCCAUUGGAGAGAGACCUUUUAGUCUCUCCAGGACUUGGCACAUUCGUUGGGACCUUCAGCCGCAGAGUGUAACAGCUUUCACGGGUCUCUGUAACCGAGGUUAGGAAACAUCUCAAUUAGACCAGGACGUACUUCAUUAUACUCAGGGCUGUUGUGCUGUUUUAUCACUGAGUGGAUUCCAUUCUACAAUGGACAGGAUUGACAGUCUAAUGAAACAGGAGUUUGUCAGUGUUUGGGUCCAGGAUCCACAGUUCCACAAAGAUGACUUCUGGCACACGCACAUCGACUACGAGAUCUGUUUACAUACCAAUAGCAUGUGUUUUAGGAAGAAGACGUCCUGUGUGCGUAGGCAGUACAGUGAGUUUGUUUGGCUCCGGCAGCGUCUGCAGGACAAUGCUAUGCUCAUAGAGUUGCCCAAAUUACCUCCCUGGAAUCCGUUCUUCAGUCUGAACAACCCCUAUCAGGUCAACCAGCGGAUGAAGGGUCUACAGGAGUUUCUAGAGACUGUCCUCCAGGACCCCUUGCUGCUGUCUGACAGCAGAGUGCACCUUUUCCUCCAAUCCCAGCUCAGCGUGACCAAGAUGGAGGCGUGUGUCUCGGGCCAGACACGCUACACAGUGGCCCAGGCCAUCCAGAUGUGUAGUGACUGCCACCGCACACGCUUCCCCGUAGAGAAGAGCCGCAAGGAGUACUGCGACUCGAACGGCGAAAGCACCACAUCAUCAGGUCUAGGCUACAGCCAUGACUCGGGGGUCCCCCAUAGCUCCAGCCCCCUACCCUGUGACAGUAGUUGUGAAAACUGUGAUGGAAGCCUAACCAUCAGGGACAGAAGAUUUUUCAGCAGAGAGUCCUCUUGUGACCAGGAACACACAGAGCCCUGACACAUGCACAAAGGGGCUGUUUCCCAGACAAAUAUUCAGCCUAGUCCUGCACCCAAAAUGAUGCUAAAUGAUUGAAAGUGCUUUUUAGUUCAGGACUAAGCGUAGUCUUUGUCCGGGAAGCCGCCCCAAAGUUUGCUGCUGUUCCAGGUGUGCUUCUCAAACCUCUGAAGAUGAGGAGGCGGAGUAGAAAGGCCUUUUUUACGUGGUUCUCCGUUGGCAUUCUGUGUUCCCUAUCUGUCUUUUAAAAUGUCUGAACUAUAUGUUUUCUUAAAGGAUAUGUUAUUAUAUUGAUACACCCACUAUUGUGGACUGACUGGUGUUGCUGGUGAACAAGGCACUUGAGCAAGUCUCUUCUCCAAAAUGUAGCAUUGUCUUAAUGCAGUAUCUGUCUUAAACUCUAACUUGUGCCUCACAUGUUUAUAAAAAAUAAAUAAAAAAUAAAAAAGAGGAAAAGAAAGAUUUCUAUCACUUAACCUGCAAUGAUACUGGGAAAGAUUCUUAAAUUAUGAAUGUUUUAUUUGUACUAUUAAACUGUGUUGUAUAGGCUCAUUUAAAAAAUAAAAAAAACAUGUAAAAUAUUUUUAAAUGAGUAUUCCAAGUGUCAAUAAAUAUAAUUUUUUUGAAGAAGAA